AUGACCCUUCAUGGCGAGACUGAUCUCCUCAUGUGCAGGACCUUCCCCACACUUCUGGGGAGGAGAGCAUUGACGUGGUACACCACUUUGCCAACUAGGAGUAUUGCGUCCUGGGAUGAUUUGGCGAACAAGUUUCAAACUCAUUUCGCAACAGGUCUCCCUGUGCCCAAGUCUGUCCAUUCUCUGGAAAAAAUUCGCCAACAAUCAGGGGAGUCCCUCAGAUCCUUUCUAGACCUAUUUGAUAAAGAUGCUUUGCAAGUUCAGGGCCUAGACCUUAAGAUGCAGAUCAAGAAAAAAGCUCAAGAGUUCAUGCGAAUUGAAGAAUAUAAAGGGAGCAGAGCUGACGAUUCCCACAACCAAAAGAAGAAAGCAAGUAAAAGUAAAGAUCAAGUUGAUGAGGACAGGAAAAUUCACAAGUCCUCUAGAUAUAUCAGCCGCCCUUUGGGGCGUGGCCCCUCAGGACGCCAAUCACACAACGUCCUACAAACUGAAUAUAAAGAAGAGCGUAAAACUAACUCACAACGCCAAGAGCCGACAAGGGAGACUGUCGUGUACUGCAAAUUCCACCGCAGCAACGACCAUAGCACCGAAGAAUGCAGAUCCCUUAAAGAGGAUAUUGAUGAGCUAAUCAAAGGAGGAGCCUAG